AUGUGGGUCCCGCAGCCGGCUUGUUCUCCCGGCCUUGACAACUCUCUCGGUCCGUGGGCCGGAGAAUUGUGCCGGGGCGGAUUCGACUUUACACUUUUCUUCGAGGAGGCCAUACUAGCUGUUCCCCUGCAAUCUCUCCUCCUGCUGUUGCUCCCCACAUGUGCCUUACGCCUGGCAAGGUCCGAUGUCAAAGUUGUGCCCAGCACCCUGCGCUGGCUCAAAGCUUCUGCAUCGAUUUCUCUGGCUGCUCUAAACUUCGCUCUUCUGAUCCUCUGGAUCACUACACCGUCGACAACCAUCACCCAUACGCGCGCGACCAUUCCCACCGCCAUCCUUAGUCUAAUUGCCUCGAUAGGAUUGAGUCUGUUAUCAUGGCUCGCCCAUCAACGGUCCGUAAGGCCGUCAUUCGUCCUGUCAGUUUACUUGUUUCUGUCAAUUCUGUUUGACACUGCUCGUGCCCGAACUUUGUGGAUGCUGGGGCCCCAUCAGACCAUACCCGCCAUCUUCACCUGUACUCUGGCUGUCAGAGCUGUCAUGAUCCUUCUAGAAUCAACAGAGAAGCGCAGGAUCCUAGUUCCAGAACACAAAGGAUACUCCAAGGAGGUCACCAGCGGCACUUUCAACAGAUCAGUCUUCUUCUGGUUGACGUCACUCUUUAUCAACGGAUACAGAAACAUCCUUCAACUAGAUGACCUCUAUCCACUGGACCCGAAGCUAGCCUCAGACCCGCUCUACAGAAAACUCGCCGGCGCGUGGGACCAAGUCCCCGACAAGACGGUCCCCGGCGCUUUGUUCAGCACCUGGCUCCGCGCCUUUGCCAGCCCUCUUGCCGCGGCCAUCGUCCCGAAACUCUUUCAGAUCGCCUUCAACUACGCCCAGCCGUUUCUGAUUGACGAGGCGAUUCGCCUUGCCAGUCAGCCGCAACAGCAGCCCUACAAUAAUCACGGUUUUGGGUUGAUAGGGGCGUACGUGAUCGUUUACACCGGUAUUGCUGUCUCGACGGGCCAGUAUGACUGGCGCAAUCAACGUGCGGCCUCCAUGACGAGGGGCAGCACGACGGCACUUGUCUAUCGGAAAGUGUUGAGGCUGGAUUUGACGUCGCCCAACGUCAGCCCUUCGGCGGCUCUGACUUUAGUUGGAACCGAUAGCGAGACCAUCAGCCAGGGUAUCAUGCAGCUUCACGAGGUCUGGAGUGGACUUCUCGAAAUUGGAAUCGGGAUUUACCUGAUUUACAGGCAGCUUGGAGCUGCCUGUGCCAUGCCCGUUGCCCUUGUUUUCGUUGUCCUACUUGCCACAGCUUUCCUCGCUGUUCCUACAGGCAAAGCAUCCGCGGAAUGGAUCAAAGCCUCGCAAGAUCGCGUCUCAACGACCUCCAAGACGCUGGGGAACAUCAAAUGGCUCAAGAUCUCUGGCCUCAAUGAUGUUGCCUUUUCGGUGAUUCAAAAGCUUCGAACCGUAGAGCUCAAGGUUUCCAAGAGAUUCAGGGUAUUGUUGGGCAUCUCCAUGAUGUUUUUGAUUUGCACGCCGAUCUGGUCUCCAAUACUCACCUUCAGCACAUUCGUUGCAACGGCGGCUCGAACCGGCGAUACUUUGACGAUCCAAAAGGCGUUCACAGCGUACUCUUUAUUGAUACUGGUGAACCAGCCAUUAGUCGGCAUCGUCAUGGGACUUCCGCUCCUGGCUUCAGCCAUGGCUUCUUUCCAGAGAAUCCAAGACUUUUUGAACGGCAAGGAAAGAGUUGACGCCAGACUCGCUAGCGAGGGUGUCAAAAUCGCCGGGGCUGGGAAAUCCGUGACAGAGUCCCCAAAAGCUGCUGGUCUAGGCCCAGACGUCGAGCUGUCCGACAUGCAUGAAAGUGAGUUGCCAGUCGCCGAUUUGCCCCUCAGUGUCAUCGUCUCUGUAAAGGGAACAUUCUCUUGGUUAGACGAUUCCAAGCCUGUUAUCGACAUCGACAACUGGAACGUCCGGCGACGAGCUUUCACCUUGGUGCUCGGCCCCGUUGGCUGCGGCAAGUCGACGCUUCUAAAGUGUUUACUUGGCGAGUCAUCGUCCUUCAAGGGCACCAUUUCCACCAACUUCUCUGGCGUCACGUACUGCGGCCAAACCGCGUGGAUACCGAACGACAGUGUGCGUAACAUCAUCACCGGUCACGCCGCGUUCGAUUCGGCCUGGUACCACACAGCCAUCAAGGCAUGUGCUUUGGAGCAAGAUAUCGCUAGCUGGCCGAAUGGAGACAGUACCGUGGCGGGUACGAAGGGAAUUUCUACGAGCGGUGGUCAGAAGCAUCGUCUGGCCAUUGCCCGCGCUUUGUACGCAAGACAAGAGUUGUUGGUGCUUGACGACGUUUUCAGCGGCCUAGACUCUAGCACCGAAGACAUCGUGUUCAAUAACCUCUUCAGUACCCGUGGCUUACUACGCCAUACGGAUACGACUGUCGUUUUAGCAUCAUCUGAUUCCCGCCGUGUGCCAUUUGCCGACGACACUGUACUUCUCAACGACGAGGGUCGGAUCAUAGACAACGAGGCGGUCACGAAAGUCGACCGACAACCAUCCUCCUCAAGCAAACGCGCCGGAACAAGCGAUAGCGAGAGCGUAAAGGUGCCACCGAUAACAAUAACAAACGAUAAACCACCAGCCACGGUCCUCGGCCUACUCGAAGACCAAGCAGAUUCCGCUCGUCAACUCGGCGACUGGGGGAUGUAUAGCUUUUAUGCCAGGGCAGCUGGGUGGUUCAGCCUAUCGACAUUUGCUGGCGCCAUGAUUGUCUUUGCCUUUUGCGACUCGUUUCCCGAUAUCUGGCUCAAGUGGUGGGCAGAGUCCAAUGAGCAGAGACCGAACCAAGAUCUGGGCAAGUGGCUUGGUGUCUACGCGGCUCUUGGAGUCGGGUCCGUGGGUUCGGUUCUCUUUGGGAUGUGGCAACUUUUCAUUGUCAUCAUCAACAAGUCGGGAGUCUAUUUCCACGGAGUUCUGCUGGACACCACGUCUCGUGCGCCCAUGGCAUUUCACAGUUCCGUGGAUAGCGGCAUCACAGUCAACAGAUUCAGUCAAGAUCUCCAGCUCAUCGACAUGGAGCUGCCAGCCGCAGCACUAGGCUUGGCCGUAGGCGUCGCAUUCGGCGUGGCCCGCUUCAUAGUCAUAUCCGUCUCCUCACGCUACAUGGCCGCCAUCCUCCCCUUCCUCAUCCCAACCUUCUACGCCAUCCAGCACUUCUACCUCCGCACCUCGCGACAAAUGCGUCUCCUCGACAUCGAGCACAAAGCACCCCUCUACUCCCAACUCAUCGAAACCCUCGAAGGCCUAGCGACAAUCAGAGCCUUCCGCUGGGAAGACAACUUUGAAAAGGUCAACCUCCGCCGGCUCGACGACUCACAGCGACCCAAGUACCUCCUUGCAUGCCUACAAAGCUGGCUAACGUUUUCGGUCGACAUGGUGAUUGCCGUCAUCGCCGUUGUCCUCAUUGUAUUGGUCACGACGCUGCGCGAACAAAUUGGGCCCGGAUUCAUUGGUGUUGCGUUGACAAAUGUGUUGGCGUUUAGUGGGUGCGUGAAGGCGAUUAUCACGUCGUGGGUCAUGUUGGAGGUUUCGCUUGGCGCGGUUGCGAGGGUGAGGAACUUUUCUUUGACUACGGCGUCUGAGGACGACUCUCGGGUGAAUCUUGCGGAGCCAGAAGGAGAGUGGCCAAGUCAAGGAGCCGUUGAACUUCGGAAAGUGACGGCGUCCUACGCCGGCAAAAGCUCCCUCAUCCUCUGCCUCCUCCGCAUGAUGGACCUAGACUCGGGCGCAAUCACCAUCGACAACGUCGACAUCGCCACGCUGCCCAACGAAUACGUCCGUUCCAAGAUCGUCGCGGUCCCGCAGGAGUCCUAUAUCUUCGACGGCACUGUGCGGUUGAAUCUCGACCCCGGCCAGACAGCGUCGGACGAGGAUAUCACAGCGGUCUUGAGAAGGGUGCAGCUCUGGGAGAAAGUCGAGGAGCGCGGUGGUCUGGAUGCCGUGAUUGACGAUAAGUUCUUCUCGCAGGGUGAGGCGCAGUUGUUGGUGUUUGCGAGGGCUAUGUUGAGGAAGGGGAGGGUGCUUGUUUUGGACGAGAUUACGAGCAGCUUGGACGAUGAGUCUAGUAGAAUCAUCGACGAGGUGCUGCGUUCGUGGUUCAGAGAUUGGACCAUCAUCGCUAUUGCACAUAAACUUGAGUCGAUACUGGACUUUGACCGAGUUGCGAUUGUCGACUCAGGAGUAGUUGUUGAGUAUGGGGAGCCUCGUCAGCUUCUGGGAAGCGAGUCUUCGUUCAAGGGGUUGUAUGAGCGGUCAUCGGGUGUGGCACACUAG